AUGUAUGGAGAGGAGUGGAUCGGCCCAGGCAUUUGGCCACGCUCGCAGGCAGAGGUGGAUGUCGAGCUGCAGGCGUCUCCGGCUGCAGCCAAGAAGACAGACCUUGUCUUCCGCUUCCGCUUCGAUGACGACAGCCGCUGCAAGGAGGCGGCCAGCUGGGAGCUGCUUGCCGGCGCGACGAUGCGGCUUCGGGUCCCGGAGGCCAGUGUGUGGCACACAACCACGCCCUCCUUGCACCGCCUUUCUGUGGCCUUGUUCCGGGAAGAAGAGAUGCUGGACUGCUACUGUGCUCGCUUCGGACUUCGGACCGUGGGGACACGCGGGGACCAGCUCCUUCUCAACGGUUCGCCCCUGAAGCUUCUGGGCUUCAACCGCCAUGACAUGGUCGACAGCCCGGUGGUCACAUACGACCAGCUGCUGACAGACGUCUUGCUGCUGAAAGACCUUGGGGCCAACUUCAUCCGAGGGGCGCACUAUCCGCAGGACCAGCGUUUCUUGGACCUUUGCGACGAGCAGGGCUUGCUUGUCUGGGAGGCCGCAGAUGUCUUGAGGAGAUGUUUCCUGCAGCUCCCUUAG